UUGUUAUUGCUGCUGGGGCAGAUGCGCUCAAGACCGCUAAGCUCGGGGCGGUGGGGACAGAGCGGCGGGAGGCGCAGAGCGCUGCCCGCCGCCAUCACCCCCUGCAGCACCCGCGGCCGCGCGGCGGCUGCGUCUGGGCUCGUCGGGACAGGCCACGCGCCUCCCGCCCCGAGCGUCACGCCACGCCACGCCACGCCACGUCACGUCACGCCACGCCACGUCACGUCACGCUCCGCUCCCGCAGCUGCCCCGGCCCCACCCUGGGCAGUGGCCGCGCGUCUAACGGCCUCCGCGCGCGCGAGGGGCGCAGCCAAUGGGAGCGCGCGCGCGGCUGCGCUGGCCAAUCCAGAACGCAGGGGGGCGGGGCGGGAUUUGAAUGCAGCGGCGGGGACGGCUGCGGCGGCGGCGGUCGGCCCGGUCUCGGUCCCGGUAGGUGCGGUCCCGAGCGGCGGCCGGAACGUUCCUGUCGCGGGCCGCGUCCCCUGCCGUACAAGGGGGAGGCCGUACGGGGCUUGAGCUGGGACUCCCCCAGCCUUGGUAUCGCCGUUACUGUCUUUCGCAGCCGUGGUUUCCAACGUUUCUUGCGCGUGAAAUAACCGCGUCGCCUGGGCUCGCCGCCUCAGCUGCCGUGGGCCUCAGAGGACCGGGGCACCGCGCUGUGCUCGGCAGCGCCGGGCUCGCAGCAGCGAACUCAACCCUGGGGCAGCAGCUGCUUCCUUCCCGGUAUCCCGCCUGUGCAGGACUUUCCGACGUAAAAUAAUCCAUAGCGAUCGGCAGCUUACCAAAAAGAAACCUGAUAAGCUAUGGAUGUGGGACCUUAGUCUGAGACAUCAAGAAACUUGCAGUUAAAUCGCAUUCUACCUGAUGUGCUUGAGGCUCACAGCAUGCCAGGACUAAUGUCCUUGGAAACGCAAAAUAGAUUGACCAAGAACUGGAACAAGAUGGUAUCUAUGCUCAAAAAUGUCAAGGCAACAAUGGGCUGGCGGAAACACCAGCUCCUAGCUGACUUCGAUGAAAAUGACGGCCCUGUACCAGACAAAUUCAAGAGAAGGGCUUCUUUGAGUUCUCUCAAUACCAUCCGUAUGUCUCUAAGGAAGCGAAUACCAUUAAAACAAGUAGAGCUGAAUUUCCAUGAGACCCCGACUUGGGAAAGUAUGGAAGCAAGAGGAAAGUGCCAAACUCUCCAGAGUAUUACAAGAACAGCAAGAAAUGCUUUUGGAAUGGUGUCCCAGAAAAUACAGAAGACUCGCCAAAACCCAAUACACUCGACUGUGGCCUUUCCAGAUGGAUCUGUUGGUAGGAGAAGCCAUGCAAUCAGUUUUUCCAGGAAAAGAAGUACUAUGCCUCAAACCCCUUGCCAUAACAAGAAUAGUGUUACUCCAGCAGCCAGUUCCAUGGGCACCCCAAGAUCCAGCAAAAGAGCCUUGCUUGGGCCAACAAGGGUGUCAGAACAUAGAGAAUGGAGGGGUUUCCCAUCCUGGCAUGGUGAAGAUGCUGUCCCACUCCGGAGAUCAAGAAGAGCAGCAGCGCUUAAGAGCCCCUAUUCAUCACCUGCUCCUGCCAGCAGAAUGACGCAGCAUGCGAUAUCAAACUACUACUGUCUAAUGGCACAAAACCUGCAGUCUGUACAUCAAUCUCAGAAAUUUUCUCAGGCUAUCAGAAGGCAAGCAAAGAAACUGUUGAGCAGUUGGUAUCUGGACAGAGAUGGCUAUAAGUAGUGUUGGUUUGAGUAUAUCUGAAGGAAGACUUCGACUGGGACCUGAGAGACUGUACUCUAUGCUUUGAACGUAACUGACUACUUUGAAUAAGCAAUUAUAUUUUAAAAAUCUUUCUUAACAAAGCAGCCUGGGACUUCCAUUCCCUUGCUUUCUCUUUUAAAGUCAAAUGAAAUUUGUACCACGAUGUAUUACCUCCUACUGAGAUAAGGGACCAUCCUGGAAGUGGCUUUCAUAGGCAGUAAGUACUUUGAAACAUAUGUUGCACUGACCAUGGUCAGAGAAAGGGUCACAGAUUCAUAAUAUACUAAAAGUAGUGAUCUGUUAUUUUCAAAACCUAACUUUUUUUUUUUUAAAUACUAACAAACUAAAAGUUAAGCAUGACGUUUAACUGGAAGUUAAAGAAACAAUAAUUGCUUGAGUUCUGACCACAAAUGCCAUUCCAAGGCAACAGGUUUCUGUGGAGUCACUCAAGCCACAAUAGUGGAGCCACAUUAGGACUUUAACUCACAGCCUAAGGACUGCUGUUAUGUUAGCCCAACUUCUGUCUUUCAAACUAAAGCAAAGAUUUUUCAAGCUUCUAGAAUUCAACACCAGGGCUGUUUUCUAUGGUAGCAGUUUUGUGCAGUCUUUUGGAAUUACUUUCACUCUAAGAUGUACCUUCAAACGAAAGACUGAGUUGGUAAACUUUUAUCUACAAUCAUUUUUAAGAUGCACAUAUAAUUUGGUAAAACUGGAACAGCCUAAGUUUUAAUGGUAUUAAGUACAAAUAUGAGAAGCACUCAUGUUCAAUUCUGAUUUAUGUGUAAUUACUGAUUUUUAAACUUGCUCCGAAUUUUCUUUUCUCUUGUCAAACUAUCAAAUAUUGAAACAGUUAAUAAAGCCUGGAAACAUCCCAGACA